UUCAAACAGCAAUUGAUGGAUUAAACAAGUAUUUAAACAAAUCUUACACUCAAACAGCAAAAAAUACUUUUUUUGACAGAGAGCUCUUUAAACAAAAAAUUUACUUUCGUCUACAUAUGGAAAUGACACUUGGCUUAAAAUUCUAAAAAAUAUUUAUUGAUGCUGUUUUUCUUCGUUUUAUUGGUCAAUUUGUCAACUGGAGGAUUUUCUACAAGCAAUUUCUUUUCAAAUGAUGGCCAUCAACAACAACACACUCCCUACAAUAACCACCAACAACAAAACAAUGUUCACUCAACUAAUACACCUUUUGGAAUAGUCAGAGGAAUUAAAGUUUGGCCUUCAGGAAUGCCUAAAGCUGACGUUUCGCUGUCUCCAGUUGUUCAAUAUUUGGGAAUUCCUUAUGGUUCCGCUCCUGUUGGAAAUCAUCGAUUUAAAAUGCCUAUAUCCGCCCCAAAAUGGAUUCAUCAACCAAAAGAUGCAUUCAAAUCGCCUCCCUCUUGUAUACAAUCUGGACUUCCUUUGCUUUCAGAAUCUGAAGCCCUAAAAGUAACUACUGCCCAACGUUUUGAUCGUCUCCAUCGAAUUUUGAGCAGAUUAAAAUUUCAAUCGGAAGACUGCCUUUUUUUGAAUUUAUUUGUGCCAGAAAAGGAUAAAUUUAGAGACGCUCAACCUCUGCCUGUCCUUGUGCUAAUUCAUGGAGAUACUGACUACGGUUGGGGUGGCGCAAAUGCGUUCAAUGCAACUUUACUUGCAUCUUUUGGACAAAUUGUCGUUGUUACUCUUAAUUAUCGUUUGGGCGUUUUCGGUUUUUUGGGACGCUGUGAUUUAAACAGUUGUGCUGGAAAUGCUGGACUUUCUGAUUUGCUUUCACUUAUUCUACCUUCAUUUGGUGCGGAUCCGGAUGCUGUUACCUUGCUUGGCUGGGAAUCUGGAGCGGCCUUAGUUUCACUUUUAAUGGCAUCUCCAAUUACACAGCCUAAAGGACGUCUUUUUCGACGAGCAGUUUUAUUGGAUGGAACAGCGCUCUCCCCUUGGGCUAUGGCAAAUAAUCCUCAAGACCAGUUUAUUCAAUUAGCCAGAAUUUUGCAGUGUUCUUCCACGUCUGAGGGCGACGACUUUAUAAAUUUAAAAAAUCAAAAAGAAUUUAUUUCGCGUCUUUUGGAAUGUAUGCAAGAACAAAAUUUACAAAAUUUGACGAAUGCAGCAAAGAAAGUUUCGAAUUUGUCCCCUACAUUUUUGAGUGCUUUUGCACCUUUAAUUGAUGGACAGGUUGUUCCAAAUCAUCCUUCUUUAUCCUUCUCUCCCAAAUAUGGUUCACUCUUCAGAGAAAUUGAUUUACUUGUAGGAACAGUCCAACAUCCAGCACAACAUUUAAUAGCUGAUCAGGAUAUGCAAAAUGGUUUGAAUAUUGAAAGAAGGGAUAAAAUAUUGAGAACUCUUGUCAGAAAUAUUUUUGAUUUUCAUCGAUCAGAAAUUCUUCAAGCAAUUUUAAAUGAAUAUACAGAUUGGGAGAAUCCAAAGAAUCAUUCAAAAUCAAUGCGGAAUGGUUUAAUGGAAAUACUGGGAGAUUUACUUUUCACAGCUCCACUAAUUGAAACAGCCAAAGCCCAUUCACUUGAUGAAGGACCAAUAAAGGCAGCAAACACAUUUUUUUUUGUUUUUACACACGAAACAAAUGCUUGGAUGAAAGAACAGCCAAAUAGUGGACUUCAAGGCUCUUUUACAGGGGAUCAUUUGCCUUAUAUUCUUGGACAUCCUUUUACUGCUGGAGGAGAUUUAAGUGAUGGAAGCUUGUCAACAAAUAAAUUGCUACAAUUUUCUCCAGAAGAUAAACAAAUUUCUCGUGUUAUGAUGACUUUUAUGGCUAAUUUUGUUAAAUCUGGAGACCCAACUCGUCCUCUUCCAAUGUCUUCCCAAUCAAACAUUGAGGAUCGUUUUCAAGGCCUUCCAUGGCCUCAAUUUUCUUCUCAAACCCGUGAGGCUUAUUUGGAAAUUUCUACUCGGCCGCGUGUGAAGAAUUAUUACAGAAAUUCAAACGUUCAGUUUUGGAAUGGAUUUAUUCCUAUAUUAAACAAAAGAGGAGAUAAGGACAUUCCUGAGGAACACCAUUUCCUUCCCAACCAUUUUGAUCGUUCUUCAUUCUUUGGACAACCACGUCCCUUCUCUACUUACCAUAAUUUUGCUUUUCCUCCACCUCCAAUGCCUCCAACACCUUUUCCUAAAGAAUUGCGCAAUAAAUUAAUUGCAGGUUUUCUCUCAAUUUUUAAUUUUCUCUCAAUUUUCCCAGCAUAUACAAUCCCUCCAACAUCAACAAAUCACCCAACUCAAAAAUCUAAUGAAUCACCUAACAAACAACAAGAAAAUAAUUUGAUAGAAAAUACAGGAAAAGCUGGAUUAUUAUUUUUGUAUAACCCAACAUGGGGUUGGCUAAUUCUUUUUGGUGUUGGUUUAACUGCUAUAAAUUUGUGUAUUUUGGUUGUAUUUUCUAAGAAGUGUGUUCGUCGCAAUUCAAAUUCAAAGAAAAAAUUUAAUUAUCAAAGCUAUUCAACUUCUUCAAAUAAUAACAAUAAUUUACAACAACCUCUUCCUGGAUUGGAUAUGAAUUUUGCUGCAUUGGUAAGAGUUAAAAAAUUGGUUUUAGGGAUCAUAGGAGGACCAAAUUCACAUUGGAGGUUCAGGCUUCAUAUGAGGCGGAGAGCCUCUGAUUUCCACAUAAGAGGGCCAGAGCUACAGAACCCCCCAAUGUCCAGUACUGAUCCAAUCCUACCUAAGUAUCUGCUAUAA